AUGUCACUGGUGGCGACAGCAGGACGAGAGGUGGAUGGACGAACGGUAAUCAUGUUCCGACGUUCAAUUAAAGAAAUCGAACCCACUGAUCACCCAUUGGGUCCUGGGAGGUUGUUUGUUGUAUGGGCUAAAGGACAACAGCAGGAUGCAUACUUUCACAGAGCCCCGUCAGCUCUCGAACACUCCAAUCUCAAAGUCCCAUUUUACGAGGACGAUAUUGUCAAAUAUCAUGGAAGCAAAAAUCGCGGUACCCAUUUCAUCGACUUCGCGAUUCCGGUAAAAUUGAAGAAAUCUAAUGACGCCCGUGUCAGCAUUUCUGCAGGUAAGUGUACGAUACUGAGUAAUCGUUACACCCAUCUGUUGUGUAGCGCAAUUCUUACCCAAAGGGGCUACUUGUGUGACCGCUCUGACGUCCUCGUUUCCGAUCCGGUCCAGUCGCGUCCAUCCGCAUUCAUACCUGAGCAUCCUUAUCUCAGCGGAGUGAAGCUGUCUUUCAUGAUUCAUACCUACGGGCUAGCACUCAGUGCUAAAGAUCAUCGCGGGCCUUACCACUAA